GCCAACAGACACGCUGGAGUUUAACCAACAGCAAUACUCCGGGCGCUCCUGAAAAGCAGGGCCGGGCGCUCUCCGUGGUGCUGACACGCUUCGUGGCACCUAGAAGCCCCUUUGCUCCAAUUUCCUUCGGGGCUCUUCCUCCGACGCCUCCGUUCCUCACCUCCCCAUAACAUCUGGAUUAUUUUGUUUUUUCAAUUGCGCUCGCUGAUUCUGUAAGUGCCAAUUUGAAACCUUUUUGCCCCCGUAACUCGUGGACUACAAAGCACAAGGACCUGAAAAAUGUACAGCUUCAAUACUCUUCGACUGUACCUUUGGGAGACCAUUGUAUUCUUCAGCCUUGCUGCUUCUAAGGAGGCUGACGCUGCCCGCUCCGCUCCCAAGCCCAUGUCGCCUUCGGAUUUCCUGGAUAAGCUCAUGGGGAGAACCUCUGGAUAUGAUGCCAGGAUCAGGCCCAACUUUAAAGGUCCUCCAGUGAACGUCAGCUGCAACAUUUUCAUCAACAGCUUUGGUUCCAUUGCUGAGACAACCAUGGACUAUAGGGUCAAUAUCUUCCUUCGGCAGCAGUGGAACGACCCCCGGCUGGCAUACAACGAAUACCCUGACGACUCUCUGGACCUGGACCCAUCCAUGUUGGAUUCCAUUUGGAAACCUGAUCUGUUCUUCGCCAAUGAGAAGGGGGCCCACUUCCACGAGAUCACCACAGACAACAAACUGCUAAGGAUCUCCCGGAAUGGGAAUGUGCUCUACAGCAUCCGAAUCACCCUGACAUUGGCCUGCCCGAUGGACUUGAAGAAUUUCCCCAUGGACGUCCAGACAUGCAUCAUGCAACUCGAAAGCUUUGGCUACACCAUGAAUGACCUCAUCUUUGAGUGGCAGGAGCAGGGAGCUGUACAAGUAGCAGAUGGCCUAACGCUUCCCCAAUUUAUCCUGAAGGAAGAGAAAGACUUGAGGUACUGCACCAAGCAUUAUAACACAGGUAAAUUCACCUGCAUUGAGGCCCGGUUUCACCUGGAACGGCAGAUGGGCUACUAUCUGAUCCAGAUGUACAUCCCCAGCCUACUAAUUGUCAUCCUCUCGUGGAUCUCCUUCUGGAUCAACAUGGAUGCUGCUCCCGCCCGUGUGGGCCUGGGCAUCACAACCGUGCUCACUAUGACCACCCAGAGCUCAGGCUCCAGAGCCUCUCUGCCCAAGGUGUCCUACGUGAAGGCCAUUGACAUUUGGAUGGCAGUGUGCCUGCUCUUUGUGUUCUCGGCCCUGCUGGAGUACGCAGCUGUCAACUUCGUGUCUCGGCAGCACAAAGAGCUGCUCCGAUUCAGAAGGAAGCGGAGACACCACAAGGAGGAUGAGGCCGGAGAAGGCCGCUUCAAUUUCUCUGCCUACGGGAUGGGCCCAGCCUGUCUGCAGGCCAAGGAUGGAAUCUCGGUCAAGGGCGCUAAUAACAACAACACCACCAACCCUCCUCCUGCACCGUCUAAGACCCCGGAGGAGAUGCGAAAACUCUUCAUCCAGAGAGCCAAGAAGAUCGACAAGGUGUCCCGCAUCGGCUUCCCCAUGGCCUUCCUCAUCUUCAACAUGUUCUACUGGAUCAUCUACAAGAUCGUCCGCAGGGAGGAUGUGCACAACCAGCCCAGGUGGGCCCAUGCCAAAAAGCCAUUGUGCCUCUGCUUCCAGAGGGAUGGUGGCAUGGGCAUGAGCCGUGAACAUGGCGAGAGUGGGAGAGAAGGAAGUGAGGCCCGAGGAUUGGCAGUCCAAGUAACCCCACCUCAGUGCUCACAUCUCCUUGUGAAGGACCGCGCCCGCUGCUCUCUGGAGUCCCCUUGCUUCUGGGCUUCUACACCCACAUGACUCACCCUCCCUCCCACCCAGGAACGGCUGCCAUGG